AUGCCCGACAACGAAACCACUACCACCACCACAACUACCACUGGCAGCGGCACCACUACCUCCACCACCGCCGCUGCGACUACUACUGCUACCCCCGCCAUCACAUCCUCCGUCUCCGCUCCGUCGAGUGUCUGCGCGCCGGACACUACCGCCCUGAGGGAAAUAAUCUUCGCCGGCGACCCGGACCUGAUGAUGUGCCUCGAUAAAGGCGAGCGGGCAAACAAGAGUCGCCGAAGCUGGUACACGCCCAACCCCGACAAGAAGAAGAAGACCGUCACAUUCUCUAACACGGUCAUAUACAUAGAGCCUCUGAUAAUGUGA